AUAAAGUAUAAAUAAGAGUUUGUAUAAAACACGAGGUUUUGUAAACCAGCUGUGAGCAACUUUAUUUACUUUAGCACACAGAAAAGUAAUGUUACACUGAUUACGCUCCUGAUUUCUUUGCGUAAGCUCGAGGAUAUUAAAGGGUGCUCCUGUAGUUCUUCGGAUCGAUGUGAUUGUUGCAUGUUCGAGAUCCUCUGAGAGACUGGACUGACGGCGAUAUGGAAGCACAUUUGGAAAAGAGUAUCCGCGAAGUCAUGAACCAGCCGUCAGUAACGGGAGCGAUGUGCAUAGAUGGAAAAGGACUUUGUCUCAUAGCCAAAGGCACAGCUGAUCCCACUGCGGCCGGUUUUUUGUACGAAAUAUCUCGAUGCUCCAAUCAGUUGACGAACAGCGCGGAAGGUGCGCCAGUUGUCGCCAUUGAGUUCUCAAAAACGCAAAUUCUGAUCAAGCACGGACAAAAUAUUACAACGGUGAUCUACAAAGAGAAACCCAAAUAACUCGGAUGUUUCCUCCUGCAGACGGCUGAAAUUAUGGAGAUGCGGGUGGAACAGAUCGAAUUGUGGGAUCCGAUUUACGUUAUUUGCACUACGAAUCCGGAAUGAUUUUUUAACUUAUCCAUUGUGUUUCCGUCAGACUUUUAAAUCUUUUGCGCUAACUGAAUCUGUGAUUAGUGGUUCUGGCUCCGUAUGUUUGACUGCUGCGUGCCAUGCUGAUGCGAUCAAAUCCGCUGCUUUUUCGCCAACCAUUAUUGUUGGUGCAUGUGUGUUACCGCUGAUUAUCGUCGGCAUGAUUGACGCGUCGGCCACGCGCAGAUUUUUGAUUCCUUUAACCCUAAAGUUUGAAGAUUUUGAAUGUAGUUGAAUUACAAAUUAAAUGUGAUUGAAUUACGAAUUAAACAGUUUUGUACUACU